GUCAGGACUGCCCCAGAGCACGGGCACUGCAGCGCACGGGCAGAGGCGCACACGGCGAGGACCUGGGGCAGGGUGGAUGGCUGUGUCCGCCUGGGAGAGUGUCUACGGACGCCGGUCCAGCGAGAUCUCCGACCCUCUGGGCAACCCCUAGGCUCCCGGCAUCCAGAGGCGCAGCCCCGAGAGCCCUGGAGUGAGAUUCUACUGGCUCUUGACUGUGUAAUCUGGGGGGCUGGAUGGCAUGCUGGACCCAAAUGCAGCUCAGCGUCUGGACCCAAUAAAAGAUUUCCCUGUGGAGCAGCUUUCUGUCCAGGCCACACUGAGGCGCACAGAGUGAUGUCCAUGUUGUUCUACGCUCUGAUCACAGCUUUUUUGAUCGGCAUACAGGCAACACCCCAGACGCAAGACAAUGGUACAGCAGGGCACUCCAUCCCCCAACCCCAGCGGACUAAGGCCCCACAUGACCCUGACACAGCUCACCACACAAGCCACAGCCCCCCAGCCGGGACGGUAGAUAACAGGGGAGCCGGGCAGACUCUUAACGUCUCGGUGGACCCCAAGCUUUUCAAAAAGAGGCGGCUGCGCUCACCGCGGGUGCUGUUCAGCACUCAGCCCCCACCCGUCAUCAUCGCGGAUGCUCAGGACGUGGACUUUGCCGAUGACACGGCCCCCCUCAACCGGACUCACAGGGGCAAGAGGUCGGCGCACCCCGUUUUCCACCGGGGCGAGUUCUCGGUGUGCGACAGCGUCAGCGUGUGGGUCGGGGACAAGAACACCGCCACGGACAUCAAGGGCAAGGAGGUGACGGUGCUCGCGGAGGUCAACAUCAACAACAACGUCUUCAAACAGUAUUUUUUCGAGACAAAGUGCAGGGACCCCAAACCCGUGGCCAGCGGGUGCCGAGGCAUCGACUCCAAGCACUGGAACUCCUACUGUACCACCACGCACACCUUCGUCAAAGCCCUGACCAUGGAGGGCAAGCAGGCGGCCUGGCGCUUCAUCCGGAUCGACACCGCCUGCGUGUGUGUGCUCAGCAGGAAGACUGGGAGACCCUGAGCUGGCCGGAGCGAGCCCCGGGCCCCCUGCCCUCCAACACUCUCCUAGGCCCCUCCCUACCUCAGCCUGUAAAUUAUUUUAAAUUAUAAGGAUUGCAUGGUAUAUUUAUAGUUUAUACAGUUAAAAAAAUCAUUAUUUAUUAAACUUUUUGGAAACA